AUGAGCAGCCCGACUCUGUUGCCCCGAAUCCUGUCGUCAGUGGGAUCUCAGUUGGACCUAAGAACUCUCCGCGCCGUCAGAGUGCUGCGGCCGCUCAAAUUGGUCUCAGGGAUCCCCAGUCUACAGGUAGUAUUGAAGUCCAUCAUGAAGGCCAUGAUCCCGCUGCUCCAGAUCGGCCUGCUCCUGUUCGUGGCCAUCCUCAUGUUCGCCAUCAUCGGAUUAGAAUUCUACAUGGGAAAGUUUCAUACCACCUGCUUCGACGACGUCACACACGAAGUGGUAGAUGAGCGCCCCUGUGGCACAGAGCUGCCCUCUCGCCUCUGUCCUAACGGGACGUCCUGCAGAGGAGGUUGGCUCGGUCCAAACUACGGCAUCACACAGUUCGACAACAUCCUGUUCGCGGUCCUCACUGUGUUCCAGUGCAUUACUAUGGAGGGCUGGACCGACAUGCUGUACUAUAGUAACGACGUCGAGGGCAGUGCCUGGAACUGGAUGUACUACAUUCCCCUCAUCAUCAUCGGCUCCUUCUUCAUGUUGAACCUGGUGCUGGGCGUGCUGUCCGGGGAGUUUGCCAAAGAGAGGGAGCGUGUGGAGAAUCGUAGUGAGUUCCUGAAGCUGCGCCGUCAGCAGCAGAUCGAGCGCGAGCUCAACGGUUACCUGGAGUGGAUCUGUAAAGCAGGUUAG